AUGGAAGUCGAUGAGUUAUGUCCUCAGAGACGUUGCCAUUGUGUUUGCAUUGGCUGCUGGAGCUGCUUACCUCAACAGUUGGCUUGUUUGGCCACUCAAGGAACCAUUGGACAUGGUAUCUUCUCAAAUGAUCCAAGGUUGAACAGUGUGGUUGGUCACCUUCUUCAUUCCUCAAUCCUAGUCCCUUACCAUGGCUGGAGAAUUAGCCACAGAACUCACCACCAGAACCAUGGACAUGUUGAGAACGAUGAAUCUUGGCAUCCUAUGUCUGAGAAAAUCUUUAAGACUUUGGACAAACCAACUCGGUUCUUUAGAUUUACACUGCCUCUUGUGAUGCUCGCAUACCCUUUCUAUUUGUGGGCUCGAAGUCCGGGGAAAAAGGGUUCUCAUUACCAUCUGGACAGCGACUUGUUCCUUCCUAAAGAGAGAAAGGAUGUUCUUACAUCUAUUGCUUGUUGGACUGCAAUGUCUGCUCUGCUUAUCUGUCUUAACUUCGUGAUGGGUCCAAUGAAAAUGCUCAAACUUUAUGGCAUUCCUUACUGGGAAUGGAGUUACUUCAGAGGAGGGCUUACAACAUUGGAUCGUGACUACGGAGUGAUCAAUAACAUUCAUCACGACAUUGGAACUCAUGUGAUACAUCAUCUUUUCCCACAGAUCCCACAUUAUCAUCUAGUAGAUCAGAGUGAUGCAACGGAAUCGAAGAAGACAAAAAGCUAA